AUGGACCAGACCUUUUUAGCAAUUGUGUUUGGUCCCUGCGACAAGUGCUCCAAAGAUAAGCCCCUGAGGCCUGUUUCUGUCAAAUCAGAACAACGCAGCUACUGCUCGCUGUGUGUGGAAAUGAUGGCAACCGAGGGGCUGCACGAAAACGAGACCCUGGCAUCGCUGAAGAGCGAGGCCGAGAGCCUGAAGGGCAAGCUGGAGGAGGAGCGGGCCAAGCUGCACGACGUGGAGCUUCAUCAGGUGGCAGAGCGUGUGGAGGCUCUGGGACAGUUUGUGAUGAAGACGAGGAGGACCUUGAAGGGCCAUGGAAACAAAGUUCUCUGCAUGGACUGGUGCAAGGACAAGAGAAGAAUUGUGAGCUCUUCCCAGGAUGGGAAGGUGAUCGUGUGGGAUUCCUUCACUACCAACAAAGAGCACGCUGUGACGAUGCCGUGUACCUGGGUGAUGGCGUGUGCCUAUGCUCCAUCCGGAUGUGCCAUUGCUUGUGGUGGCCUGGACAACAAGUGUUCUGUGUACCCUCUCACAUUUGAAAAAAAUGAAAAUAUGGCUGCAAAGAAGAAAUCUGUUGCAAUGCACACGAACUACUUGUCUGCCUGCAGCUUCACUAACUCAGACAUGCAGAUCCUGACAGCAAGUGGAGAUGGAACUUGUGCUUUAUGGGAUGUUGAGAGUGGGCAACUUCUACAGAGUUUCCAUGGUCAUGGAGCUGAUGUCCUGUGCCUGGACCUGGCUCCUUCUGAAACAGGAAACACGUUUGUGUCUGGGGGAUGUGACAAGAAAGCCAUGGUUUGGGACAUGCGGUCUGGUCAGUGUGUCCAGUCAUUUGAAACCCAUGAUUCAGAUAUCAACAGUGUCAGAUAUUAUCCAAGUGGAGAUGCUUUUGCCUCUGGUUCAGACGAUGCCACGUGUCGUUUAUAUGACCUUCGUGCAGACAGAGAAGUAGCAAUUUAUUCCAAAGAGAGCAUCAUUUUUGGAGCAUCCAGUGUGGACUUCUCUCUCAGUGGUCGCCUGCUGUUCGCGGGCUAUAACGAUUACACCAUCAAUGUCUGGGAUGUGCUGAAGGGGUCCCGUGUGUCCAUUCUGUUCGGACAUGAGAACCGUGUCAGCACCCUGCGGGUCUCUCCCGACGGGACCGCCUUCUGCUCGGGCUCCUGGGACCACACCCUGCGAGUGAGUGCCGGGAAUACCUGCUUUGUUGAGUAA